CAGCUCGAAAUGUCUUCACGGUUCGGACAACAGGCAAAUAAUAAUUAUUGUUGCAAUCGCCUCGAACACUAGCAUAUCUCACGGCGUGAAUAUCGAAUGUGAGCGGAAGGUAAUGCUGUGCCUGAUAUCGACAAUCUACCGGUUCAUCGUCCGCUGAUCCACCUUGAGCGUCAAGUACUACUAGUAGACACUGGCCCAAGGCAGCGCUCUACGUGAAGUACUGCGUUGGUGACUGGAGACGAGUGAGGGCAGAAUGAUCUACACGGGGAACAUGACGAUUGUAACAACACUCAACAGCCAAUGAAUGGGAAGCAGGGAGUAGUAAAAUACAACACAUGAAGUUCGAUUUUGGAUUGCAGGGUAUGACGAGGAGAUAUCGAGAGCGAAAAGAGUUGGGACGUAAGUAAGCUACAAUUGUAGUAUCUCUUCGCAUGAUACACUGGACACGAGCCGCAGUUUCCAAGUCUCUCACUGGAUUUGCACGCGGAGGUGGAGGAAGUCACGUUUAUCUUCGGAAGCCGGUUUGGAUCCGCCGCUUGCGAAAGCCGACACCGCUCGGGCCAUAGGAAAACAGGAUCCAAAGAAGUGGCAAUGGCCUGGAAAAGUGGUGGACUCUCUUCUCCGAACUGCGCUAUUUCCCUGCUUAUAGUCUGCUGCGCUGCAUUAGUUUGCCAUGGACAAGUAAGCUCACGUGAGGAUCGGCUCUGGUCCAGUAAAGAUCAGCCUCACACCAUCAUACCUAAUCCUCUGGUUCCUGUUGAGCUACAGGCAGCCUCCCCGUCCCUGGACCAGCUACACAUCUACGGGAGCAACGGACAAGUGCCUGGGUUCGCUGCGGUGCCGGCUCUGCUGAAACUUAUUCCCACGCGCACAAUGGUGGUGAACUUCCAGCAUCUCAACAUCGUCAACGGCGAGACAGUUGUGCUUCCACUGGUGACUGCGGCAUGGAAGGAACACAGUACGCCUGACAUUACUGUGUCCAUCCAGUAUUACCCGAUUCCGACUGAGCCCUUGCUACAAGGGACACCAACGUGGGCAACGAAUGACAUUGACUGCACCGCCGUGGACUCGUCCUGCACCGGGCCGGAGUACUACGAGUGGGAUCUACUCGGGUCGGUGGUGUCCCCAUCCGGCCGCGACCUGGUUCUGAUUGGCCUGAGGGAUCGCAACACUGGGAGAGCUGCCGUGUACGUGUGGCGAGAUGGAAAGCUCCACAGAACGGUAAUACCGGAACAAGAGAAUCCGGACGAUAUUCCGCAUGCCCGGGCUCUGGUUUCAUUGAGAACAGCCUCCGAUAAUCCUGCUGGUGAUGACUUCAGUGUCAUAGGCAUUUACAGCACAAAGGUGAACACAACAAACAUGUGGAGGCUGGAUUUUCGCAAUAAUUCACGGACGGCAAGCUGGUAUAUCAUUAGUCCAGUUGACGAGAGGAGACCGAGCCUACACCAAUCCAUCGACAUGUUUUUCGACGAGAGCAGCCAACAGAUCAUUUUGUUCGGAGGAGGUGCUGACUCGGAAGCUUCCUGCGAGUUGUGGACCUACGAUUUGGUGAUUAGUGUUUGGGACAGUGAUGAGUUUCCGCGCGACUGCAGCUACAGUGGUGUGGACAAGACAUACUCUACCUUUGUACAACAGCAGAGUCUGCUGGUGGUCUUCAUCAACGAGGCACAGAUGAGUGCAGCUGCGGGCCGGCAAUACACUGUAUACAUGAAGGACAUGAGCGACCGUGCUUCAAACUGGACCGUGCUGCAGUCGACAGUCAGUGGUGCAUCGCUUGUCGCAAACCAAGCCAGCAUAUUGGCAGGCAGUGAUGCCAUAUAUCUGGUCAGCAGCAACGAACCGUAUCUCUUCGUGAUCCGAAGGAAUGUUAACCUUCCCCUGUGGUCCGACAGCGCUGUAGACUUUGCACCGGUUCCGACCUAUAGCCGCCUGGCGACAUCGCUCAGCCAGAGCAUUGCCAGCGCCGCUCAGCCGGAGAUCCAGUUCCAGGGCCCGUUCGGCACGGGCUUUGCCGGCCCUUCGGUGAAUGUGCUGCUGGGUGGUGCAGUGUGGGAUAGCAGAUACAUACCGUAUGCACUCAGUGUAGUGCGCCGCAUCAACAGCCAGCUCCCCAUCGACAGCAUCGGCAGCGUAAACGCGCUGCAAAUCCCGUACACGAGCCACGUCAUGCACACCAACCCAGUUGAGAUGGACAGCGGACUUGGGCGCGGCCGUCUGUACCUUGUGAUGCUCGACGCCGGCACAGGCGACAGCUGCUUGAUGAUCAUACAUGGCGGGGUAACAGUGAACUUUGCACAGAUGUUCCACCCACUGUCAGCACUGGAAAGUCUGUGGUGCUUUGAUGCAUGCCAGGGCACAUACAAAAAAGGGACGGAGGACGAAGGAGACGGACCUCCGGCACGCUACAGUCAUGCUGGCUUUGCCCUUACCGCUGACUCAUUUGUGAUUUUCGGUGGCAAGGCUCCAUUGCGUAAUGGGUCAACGAUGGACACGGCGUUGCUACAUGAUGUCUGGCUCUUCUCCUUUCAGGACCAAAACAACCGCAGCGCGUGUGAAGGAACAUGGCAGAAUCUGUCCGCAGCUCAUCGUGAGAUGCCAUCCAUUUCGGCACCGGCAGUACUAGCACUGACUAUAGCAGGCCGGCAGAGGAUUCUAGUUUUCGGAGGACAGGCAGACGACAUCUGGCAGACCGCUUCGGAUGCCUUUUUUGAGAUUUCGAUCGAAGGACAGACAUACUCCAUUCAGGAUGUCAAGCAAGAGCAGGGAAGGCUUCCAGGAAGGAUGGGCCAUACACUCAAGCAGUACAGCAAUGAUAGCCUGCUGUUGUUCGGUGGCAGAGGUGCUGACGAGCCGACAACUGCGUCGGAAGCGUUCCUGCUGCGUUACUACGUGGACCAGAACGACGUGAUCUGCAUCUCCCAAGCCAUACCGUUCUUCAGGCAUGAGCCGAUGAUCGGGAUGAGUGUAGCAUCGUUGAGCAGCGGCCUAAUACUGAUGGCAUCAACGGUUGUCAGAAUCGCCGCUGAAGAGGAGGUGCACAGUCAAGCAGCUGGCAUCCUGUACCUACCAUUUGGCCUUUGCCAAGCAGGGCAUGUCCGGAAUAUGUUCGCCGCUGAAUGCAAGGCAUGCCCAAAGGGUACUUGGGGAUCCAGUGGCAAAGCCUGCGUAAAUUGCUCCAGCGGGACAACAACGCCGGGCUCUGGCAGCACUUCGACGGAUGACUGCACAGUGUGCGCGCAGAGCAUUUGCAACUGGCACGGCAACUGCUCCGUAGUGGGCAGCCAAACGAUGUGCUCCUGCCAUUGGGGUUACUAUGACUGGGAUAACUGCUUCAUGCCUUACUACUAUAUUGCCGGCGGGGCGCUGCUGCUCCUGUUUGUCAGUGUCCUUGUCAUUGCCGGAUACAUCUCCGUGAAGCAGCACGGGGCACAGCAGGAGCUCCACCGCGAGCAGCGUGCCUCGGCGAAACGAAUGUCCACGUUCAUGGCCGUCUGGAAAAUCGAAUGGGGUCAGCUGCGCCUGCGGCACGUCAUUGGCCAGGGUGGUUACGGUGAUGUUUGGCUUGCAGAGCUGAAUGACAUGCUUGUGGUUGUGAAGAAGCUGAAGCAAUACCUUCAGUGUGACGACCUCUGCAGCCGCGAGUUCCAGCGAGAAGUGGAAUUGAUGAAGCUUCACCGACAUCCAAACAUUGUGUUCUUCCUGGGAGCCGGCACUGACCCACGCAAUGAGCCAUUCCUAGUCAUGGAGUAUGCUAAGCGUGGAUCAUUGAAAGCAUUACUGCAAAACAGCAGUGUUACCAUCAGUCACACAGAUCGACUUCGCUUCAUGCUGGAUGCGGCUAAGGGUAUGGAGUAUUUGCACGGCCUGCAUCCACCAGUUGUACACCGUGACCUGAAGUGCUCCAAUCUGCUGGUGACCGAGCGCUGGGUGGUGAAAGUGGCUGAUUUCGGCACGGCGCGCCUGAUGUCACGCCUGGCUGACAAUACAGGUGUCCGUCGUCGGCGACGGCAACGCCAUGGUGACAGUCUGGACGAGAGCGAACCUCUUCUCCAGCAUGAUGACUCGACCGUGACAUUCAACAAUGGCACAGAUGCAUACGUCUCGCCAGAACGAAUCCGCAGGCAACCGUACGGAACAGCUGCAGACGUCUACAGCUUUGGCAUUGUACUAUGGGAGUCGUACACUCGCCAGACGCCGUACGAAGAGCCGGACUAUGCGUUCACCAACCAGCUCCUCAAUGCCGUAAUCGGUGGCGAGAGGCCCAGUUUUCCCAGCAGCACUCCGCAGGACUACGUGGACUUGACCCGACACUGUUGGCAGGAGAACGCCGUCGGACGGCCGAGCUUCUCGGAGAUAGUGCGGCGUCUCGACAUCCAGCUGCUAUCCUGGUAGUUGCACUGGUGACCAGCGAGCAUCGAUUGCCAUGUCCCGCGGUGGAGUAAAAACGUUCAUGCAAGCACACCGACAACCAUUGAGCAGACAUGAAGAAUCAGUGGCAUCAGCAUCGUUCUCCCCUAAAACUGAAACCCUGAAUGCAAGCAUAUUACUCAUUGUUAGUGAAGGGAAAGAAGCCGAGAAAGAGGCAGUGCGGAGAUAAGAGCUUUACUAGAGUGGUGAAUAGCAUUAAAAGAAAAGCGGACAUUGAACGUUGGACUUCUGUUACCCAUGCGUCCCUCUUAUUAGUUCGCCAGUCUGCGUAGCAUUCACUUUUAAAAGUGUUCAAUGCUAUACCCCUUACACAGUAUGUGCUCCCUUGCUCGUUAUCAAUGUUGAUAUAAAUUUCUCCCUUGCUCGUUAUCAAUGUUGAUACAGAUUUCUCCCUUGCUCGUUAUCAAUGUUGAUACAGAUUUACUUGAUAAUUUCCCACAGAAAAUCGA